UCCACAACACACAGCCACAUUUACCCACAGACCGAGGUACAGAGCAAGAGGCAACCUCUGCCCCCCAGCAGCUGUCCAGCCUGCAGUCCCAGACCUCAGCCCCUCAACUACCCUCCCCCAAUCCCAUCCCCUUCCCAACUGAAGGAGCCAACAGAGAAGAGAGAAGAGUGAACAGAAAGAUUGAGAGAGAUAGACGGAGAUCUCUGGAGCAGACCUCAAGGGUGCAGUUCCUCACAGAACUGGACACAAGGUGGGCCUCUGCAGGUGAUGUUGCACUCAAGGCAGUGUCUGUGCCAGCAGGCUGCUCUCAAUGGAAAAUGCUAGAGGCUGCUACUGUCUCUGGAGAGAGAAAGGUGACUUCCCAUUUCUAUCUGGUUCUCGUCUGGGGGGGGCCCUGGCAGGGCAGCCCCCCCACACUGCUACUGUCCUGAAACACGGCUCUAGCCAAUCUGCUCCGCUGCUUUACCUGCGACCGUCUCUGUGGGGGCUGCACCGCACCAGCCCCUCCAGCCCGCCAGGGCAUCGUCCUCCAACCGGUCAUGCCCAGCUGUGACCCUGGCCCGGCCCCCGCAUGUUUACCCACCAAGACUUUCCGCAGUUACCUGCCCCGUUGCCACCGCACUUACAGUUGCGUCCACUGUCGAGCACACUUGGCCAAACACGAUGAGCUUAUUUCCAAGUCCUUCCAAGGAAGCCAUGGCCGGGCCUACCUGUUUAACUCCGUGGUCAACGUGGGUUGUGGGCCAGCUGAACAGCGCCUCCUGCUCACAGGACUCCACUCGGUAGCUGACAUUUUCUGCGAAAGCUGCAAGACCACACUGGGCUGGAAAUAUGAACAAGCUUUUGAGACCAGCCAGAAAUACAAAGAAGGGAAGUACAUCAUUGAGAUGUCACACAUGGUGAAAGACAACGGCUGGGAUUGAGGGGCUCAGCAGCCUGUGACCCUCCUCCGCAUGCCCCACCCUCCUCACACCAGUCUCCUGGCCCUGCUGAGCAGUCCACACCAGCAUGAGUACUGCCCACCCCUGGGGAAACCUGGUUCCAAGUGACCUCCUCCUUCCUCCCCCCUGUCACAGCAGUACCAGGUUCUUUGGAACAGGAGCCUGGGAUACCCCAGGGGUGUCUAAGGCUCAGGAGUGGGUAGCAGUCAGGGAAAUACACAAUAGGGGAAGGAGAGAACUAUGGCACCAGAAACCAAGUGAUGGCAGGGCGCAAACUCAGGCAGAUAGGACUAUGAAUUACCAAAUGUUGAUCAGCCUUUUUUUUUUUUUUUUUUUUAAUAAACAGGACAAACAUUGGUGGUGGGGCUAGACCACAGAAAAGCAAAGAUGGAGUGAAAUUCUGGUCUCCAGAUAUCAGGGCCCCAGAGUCUGAGGGUAGUUUAUCCACCUCCAUUCUUGGUUAAAAAAAAAAAAAAGGAUCAGGGAUGGGGCCAAUAGAUGGAAAACCAAACCCUAGACCCUGGGAAUCAGUUACAGGGGUUUCCAUUUCACUCCACUGUUUACCUUAGCACUAAAGAGGCACUUUCAAGUAUCUAAUCUUUGCCAUUGGGUGGGGUGGGAAAAGCUGCUCCAAGAACAGCCCCCACCCCCAGCCGGCUGUUGCCAGAGAGAGCAGUCUUUACAGGCAUUCCCCAAGGCUCAGCCACUGCUCCCGAGGUCCCCGUCCUCUGAAGGAGGCGGAUCAUCAGCGCUGAGGGACCAGUCUUUCCUGUGACUGCCACCAGCGAACGAAACUUUUGUAUGAUACAUAAAGUGUUUGGGUCUAUUUUUAAUAAAAAGGGGAAAAGCAACUGUGAGGUGGCUGUCCUGGCUUUCCUUCCUUAGGUGCGGACCUUGUACUGUCCUCUGUAUGCACACAAGCAAGGAAGGGUCACCCCACCCCUUUUAAACCAGUAGGAGGCAGCAGUUGCUUUGUUUGUGGCAAGAUCCUCCUCCACCUGUUUCACAAGCGGUAAGCAUCCAGGUGAACCAAGAGGCGUGGGUUUUGAUGAGCUUGUCCAAAGGGAAGGAAUAUCUAAGUGUCUUCAGUCCCCUGGGCCUCUCCCCAGUGAGGCUACUUUUUAUCAGAUU